GCCGAAGGCUGCGUGGGUCUGUCCUGCCGGCUCUGGUCCACCUUCUCAGAUCCCUGCCUGUCAGGAGAGGACAGUCUGUAGAAAAAGAGAGGACUUUGGGCUUCUGACAACCUACUUUCAGGUCCUGGCUGCAUGGAAACAACAUGGACUCUUACAAUUAAGAUUGCAAAAAGUCACCCCAGACAGCAGAAAUCCAUCCUGAGGUGAAAUAACAUCUGCUUGGUACCCUGGCAGAAUUUCAAGGCAGACAUUGGGCUGACUCUGGGGUCAUGAUGUUGCCUGAUCUUUCUGCUCUGGGAGAGCAAGACUGGGAGAAGACUUUACAUUCCAAGAAUGGGGAAGAUAUGGAGACCAUGAAGAAACUGACUCAAAAUCAUAAGGCAAAAGAUUUGCCUUCUAACCAUACUGACUGGCCCCAAGAAAAGCAGGGAAAACUCCAAAUACUGGUACCAGUUACAUUUAGGGAUGUGGCUGUGAUCUUUACGGAGGCAGAAUGGAAGAAACUGAGCUCUGAGCAGAGGAACCUAUACAGAGAAGUAAUGCUGGAGAAUUACAGGAAUCUGCUCUCAUUGGCAGAAUCAAAGCCAUACCCUUGUUCCUCCUGCCAUCUGGCGUUCUCCUGUCAGCAGUUUCUCAGCCAACCUGUGCUUCAGAUCUUCUUGGGCUUGUGUGCAGAAAAUCACUUCCAUCCAGGGGAUUCCAGCCUAGGGCAUCAGAAACAGCAGGAACAGCACUAUUCUGAUCAAAGCUGCUGGAGUGAAAUCACAGGUCAAGAGAGAGAAGGUGACUCCAAACCUUUGUCUGCAAGGACAGAGGAGAGAGAGACCUCAAGGGCAUUUUCCAGUCCACCCCAAAUGGAGCCCCACUCAGCCCAAAGUGUAAACCCUGUGCAACCAGAUAAAGGAUUGAAGGAAUUAGAAACCUUGAGAUUUGGAGCAAUCAGCUGUAAAGAGUGUGAACCAGACUGUAGCCUGAAAGCAAACUUCAUUACAAACCUGAUUACUUUUGUAGGGGAGAAGCCCUAUGUUUGCAGUGAUUGUGGGCAAGGUUUUAAAGAUAAGUCAAACCUCAUCAAACACAACUGGACACAUUCGAUGGAGAAGCCUUUUGUGUGCAAUGAGUGUGGCCGAGGCUUUAGCCGGGUGUCAAUCCUUAUUGAUCACCAGAGGACACACACAGGGGAGAAGCCAUAUGAGUGCAGUGAGUGCGGGCGAAGCUUUAGCCAGAAGUCCAACCUGAACAGGCACCAGAGAACACAUUCAGAAGAGAGGCCUUAUGUUUGCAGAGAGUGUGGGCAAAGCUUUAGAACUAAGUCUAUCCUCAGUAGACAUCAGUGGACUCACUCAGGGGAGAAGCCCUAUGUUUGCAAUGAGUGUGGGCGAGGCUUUACCGAGAAGUCAUCCUUCAUCAGACACCAGAGGACACACUCAGGUGAGAAACCUUACAUGUGCCUGGAGUGUGGGCGAGGCUUUAGUGCCAGGUCAACCCUUAGAAAACACCAGAGAAUACACUUAGGGGAGAAGCCUUAUGUUUGCAGUGAGUGUGGCCGAGGCUUUAGGCAAGUGUCAAUCCUCAUUAAUCACCAGAGGACACACUCAGGGGAGAAGCCUUAUGUUUGCAGUGAGUGUGGCCGAGGCUUUAGGCAAGUGUCAAUCCUUAUUAAUCACCAGAGGACACACACGGGGGAGAAGCCAUAUGAGUGCAGUGAGUGCGGGAGAGGCUUUAGCCAGAAGUCCAACCUGAACAAACACCAGAAAACACAUUCAGAAGAGAAGACUUAUGUGUGCAGGGAGUGUGGGCAAAGCUUUAGAGAUAAGUCUAUACUCAGUAGACAUCAGUGGACUCACUCAGGGGAGAAGCCCUAUGUUUGCAGUGAGUGUGGGCGAGGUUUUACCAACAAGUCAUCCUUUAUCAGACACCAGAGGACACACUCAAGUGAGAAACCUUACAUGUGCCUGGAGUGUGGGCGAGGCUUUAGUGCCAGGUCAACCCUUAGAAAACACCAGAGAAUACACUUAGGGGAGAAGCCUUAUGUUUGUAGAGAGUGUGGGCGAGGCUUUAGUGCCAGGUCAACCCUUAGAAAACACCAGAGAAUACACUUAGGGGAGAAGCCUUAUGUUUGUAGAGAGUGUGGGCGAGGCUUUUGCGACAAGUCAACCCUUAUCAUACAUGAACAGACACACUCAAGAGAGAAACCUUACAUGUGCAGAGAGUGUGGCCGAGGCUUUAGCCGGAAAUCAUUCCUCCUCGCCCACCAGAGAACACACUCAGGGGAAAGGCCUUAUGUUUGCAGAGAGUGUGGGCGAGGCUUUAGCCAGAAGUCAAAUCUCAUCAGACAUCAGAGGACACAUUCAGAUGAGAAGCCUUAUAUUUGCAGGGAAUGUAGGCGAGGCUUUUGUGACAAGUCAACCCUCAUUGUACAUGAGUGGACCCACUCAGGAGAGAAACCUUACAUGUGCAAAGAGUGUGGCCGAGGCUUUAGCCGGAAUUUACUCCUCCUUCUUCAUCAGAGAACACACUCGGGGGAGAAGCCUCGUGUAUGUUGGGGUCAUGUGCAAGACUGAGUAAUCAGUCAAACCUCACCUUACACCAGAGAGACACACAGGGAGAAUUCCGUGUGUGUGUGUGUGUAGAGUGUGAGUGAAGUUGCAGAGGUGUAUGGAUCCUCAUCAGACUUUGGGGGACACAUUCAGGAGAUGUGCCUUGUGAGUGCAGAGUGUGGGUAGCUCUAGCCUAAGUCAGCCUUCAGUGUGCACAAAAGGACACACUUAGGGGAGAAGUUUUGUAUGUGCAGGGACUAUGGAUAAGGCUUUAGCAAUAAGUGUUUACUGAAUAUCCAGCGAAAGACUGGAGUAGAAGCAUCAUGUGUUCAGGGAGUGUUGAACACGAGCAAAAGAAUGAGCAUGAGUCAAUUACAAGAUGGCACACUCAGGGAGGAGCUCUUUGUUGGCAGGGAGUGUGGGCAAGGCUUUUAUGGUCACACACCACAAGGAGAGUCCAUACGUGGUGACACUGUGGAGCUCCAUUCACAUGAUCUUUUUCAGGCUAACACCCCAGCUGCUCCAGAGAACUGUGCUGCUGCUUGCAGAGGAAUGCAUCUGUGUGUGCAUGGGGAGCUGUGCAUCUUCCCCAGGGGUGGUUCCUGGCCAGUGACUGGUUGAUAUUGUGGAAACAAAACCCCACCUCCAGGGGUGGCUGGUUAGCUCAGUUGGUUAGAGUGUGGUGUUGUAAUACCAAGGUCAAGGGUUUGGAUCCCCAUACUGGCCAUUGCAGGUCAGCUUCUUCCUCUGCCCAGUCCUGCCGUCACUCCCCCCCAGUGAACCCUGAUUCUCCAUCUCAUCUCUUCAGAGAAUCUAGUCUAAGACAUCUUCAGUAUAAGAGGAAUGUGGAUGCGGCUUUGGCCAUAAGUCAUCCCUCAACAGACCCCAGAGUACACAGAGAUACACAGAAUAGAAGCUCUGCAUGUGUGGAGAGAAUGGGCAAAGACUUAGGAAAAGGUACACCUUAUCAGAGAACAGCUUUUUUGGGAGAAGCUUUAUACAAGCAAGGAGGGAGACUGAGAUGUGUUAAGCAGUACGUUACACCUCCCCAUGCACCAGAGGCCACACUUGGAGACCUGUGUGGGCAGGGUUUGCGGGUGGAGCUUUAUCCCCAUGUUUCCCCCAGCAGACUUAAGAGUGUUACUUUGUGUUGCUUUGCCCCCCAUGGAUUUGUCACCCCUCUUCCCCUGGGUGA